GGCCGCGCGUGCGCCCUGCUGGCCGUGCCGUGCGCUGGGGGCCCCGCGGCACCCGCCCCCGUGCCCGCCGCGCCAUGGAGCCUUAGGGGCUGCCGCCGCCAUGUUCGGCCGCUCCCGCAGCUGGGUGGGCGGUGGGCACGGGAAGGCCGCCCGCAGCAUCCACUCCUUGGACCACCUCAAGUACAUGUAUCAUGUUUUGACUAAAAAUACAACAGUAACAGAUCACAACCGCAACCUACUGGUAGAGACUAUUCGUUCCAUAACAGAGAUCCUUAUAUGGGGAGAUCAGAAUGACAGCUCAGUGUUCGACUUUUUCUUGGAGAAGAAUAUGUUUGUUUUCUUCCUGAACAUCUUGCGUCAAAAGUCUGGCCGUUAUGUGUGUGUACAGCUGCUGCAGACUCUGAACAUCCUUUUUGAGAACAUCAGUCAUGAAACAUCACUGUACUACUUGCUUUCUAAUAACUAUGUAAAUUCUAUUAUUGUCCACAAAUUUGACUUUUCUGAUGAAGAGAUCAUGGCAUAUUACAUAUCAUUUUUGAAAACUCUUUCCCUGAAGCUCAACAAUCAUACUGUACAUUUCUUUUACAAUGAGCACACUAAUGACUUCGCUUUGUACACAGAAGCUAUUAAAUUUUUUAACCACCCAGAAAGCAUGGUCAGGAUCGCUGUUAGGACUAUAACUUUAAAUGUCUACAAAGUGUCGCUGGACAACCAACCUAUGCUGCAUUACAUUAGAGAUAAAACUGCUGUCCCUUAUUUCUCCAACCUUGUUUGGUUUAUUGGAAGCCAUGUGAUAGAACUGGAUAACUGUGUGCAGACUGAUGAAGAGCACAGAAAUAGGGGCAAGUUGAGUGACCUGGUAGCAGAACAUCUUGAUCAUUUGCAUUACCUUAAUGAUAUCCUCAUAAUUAAUUGUGAAUUUUUAAACGAUGUGCUGACAGACCACCUACUUAAUAGGCUCUUUCUACCCCUCUAUGUGUAUUCACUAGUAAAUCAGGAUAAGGGUGGGGAGCGUCCAAAAAUAAGUCUCCAAGUUUCUCUCUAUCUUCUUUCUCAAGUUUUUCUAAUUAUACAUUAUGCCCCUUUGGUGAACUCAUUGGCUGAGGUUAUACUUAAUGGUGACCUGUCGGUGUUUUCUUCUAAAGUUGAGCAAGAUACUCAGAAAAACACAACAAAGUCAAGUAUCAGAUGUUUCAUAAAACCAACAGAAACGCUUGAGAGGUCUCUUGAAAUUAACAAACAGAAGGGGAAGAAGAGGGUGCAGAAAAGACCCAACUAUAAAAAUGUUGGUGAAGAAGAUGAAGAAGAGAGAGGAUCUGAAGAUACCCAGGAUGACCUUGAUAAAACUAAAGGUACAGAAGCAAGUUCAAAGGGCAUCAGAACAAGCAGUGAAAAUGAAGAAAUAGAGAUGGUAAUCAUGGAGAGAUGUAAACUGUCAGAAUUGUCUAUUUCUGCUGUGACAGAACAGAAUACAACAGAUGAAGAAAAGAGUGCAGCUGCCUCUGGGAGUGACAUAAAUUGGAACAGGCCUUUUCUUGAUAUGGUCUAUAAUGCACUGGACUGUGCUGAAGACGAUUACUAUGCCCUGUUUGUGCUCUGUCUUCUGUAUGCAAUGUCACACAAUAAAGGAAUUGACUCAGUCAAGUUGGAGAGAAUUCAACUUCCUGCUCAGCAUGCUGAAGAGAGAAAUUCGUAUAAUCACGUACUUGCAGAAGGGCUCAUCAGGAUAAUGAAUUAUGCUGCACAACCAGAUGGAAAAAUCCGUUUGGCAACUUUAGAACUUGGUUGUCUGUUGCUGAAGCAGCUUGUGUUUUCUAAAAAUGGCAGCAUCAUAAAAGACGUUCACCUUGCAUGCCUUGAGGGUGCAAGGGAAGAAAGUGUUCAUCUCCUUCGUCGUUUCUAUAAGGGAGAAGAAAUUUUUCUGGAUAUGUUUGAAGACGAAUACCGGAGUAUGACAAUCAAACCCAUGAAUGUAGAGUACUUGAUGAUGGAUGCCUCCAUUUUGUUGCCUCCAACGGGGACACCACUGACUGGUAUUGAUUUUGUGAAAAGAUUGCCUUGUGGAGAUGUGGAAAGAACACGAAGAGCAAUUAGAGUUUUCUUUAUGCUUCGUUCAUUAUCACUGCACUUGCGAGACGAGCCAGAAACUCAAUUACCACUGACAAGGGAGGAAGAUCUGAUAAAGACAGAUGAUGUUCUUGACCUGAAUAAUAGUGAUCUAAUUGCUUGUACAGUCAUAACAAAGGAUGGAGGUCAAGUUCAAAGAUUCCUGGCUGUGGACAUUUACCAGAUGAGCUUGGUUGAGCCAGAUGUUGCCAGACUUGGCUGGGGAGUAGUUAAGUUUGCAGGCCUUCUGCAGGAUAUGCAGGUGACAGGAGUGGAAGAUGAUAGUAGAGCUCUGAACAUAAUAAUUCAUAAACCUGCCUCAAGUCCUCAUUCUAAGCCCUUUCCUAUCCUUCAAGCAACCUUUAUUUUUUCUGAUCACAUUCGCUGCAUUAUUGCAAAACAACGUCUUGCAAAAGGUCGUAUCCAAGCUCGGCGUAUGAAAAUGCAGAGAAUAGCAGCUCUCCUGGAUCUUCCUGUUCAGCCUUCAACUGAAAUUAUGGGUUUUGGACACAGCUCUGCAGCUGCAUCCCAACACCUUCCAUUUAGAUUUUAUGAUCAGGCACGACGUGGUAGCAGUGAUCCUACAGUGCAACGCUCUGUUUUUGCUUCUGUUGACAAAGUUCCAGGCUUUGCUGUAGCCCAGUGCAUAAAUCAGCACAAUCCAUCACCACUCUCGUCACCAUCACCUUCCAGUGGCAGUGGGAGCACGGGGCGCUGUGAUUCAGUGACUGCAAGCUCAACUUCCACUCCUUCUGCUGCACAGAGCCCUUCAGGUCUGGCAGGAAAGGACGACGGCGGGUGUUUAGUCUGUCGGAGGCUGACAGUCACGGUGGACACUGGGUUUAGGUCUUCAAGCAGCAGCUGCAACCGAAACUCACGCAAUAUCAAAUCAGAUGACCCUUCAGCUCCAGAGCAGCCUCACAUGAUCAUUCCUGGUCAGAUGAUGAUGUCUGAUGAAACUCUUUCAGCUGUCUCAAAGCCUAGCAAGAAUGUUGUAAAAAACAGUGACAUAGAAACAGCAAACCUGUCCCCUAGCCUGAUUCCUGCACAGCAGCCCACGAUAUCGUUAAUAUCAGAUGAUAAUACAGAUGCACUAAGUGUAGAGUCACUUACACUGGUCCCACCAGUUGAUCCACACAGUAUUCGUACAUUCACCUGCAUUCCUCAGCCACCUUUGCCAUCUGAAAUUGAAGUUGGCACGGUAAAAGAGACAGAAGAAGAGUGUUGUGACUAAAGCCAACCUGCAUACUGUGAUAAACAGUAAACCAAAUUCUUGUUUGGGAGCACAGAUACUUCUUGAAGCAUCAGAGGCUAUGGUCUGCAAGAAGAGGCCCACUGGUGAAGCAUGUGGGCAGCUUUUAGGACAAGCAUCAGAAGUUUGGCAUAUUUAAACUGGAGAAAAAAACUUCAAAUCUGGACUGGGUAUCUCCACACCCAUUUCUGAUAUACAAGAACGUGAAUGUACUUCAGAUCACCUACUUUAUUAUAAAAAUAAAGCUCCAGCUGCAGUAGCUAAAUUAAUUGUAAAUGGUCUACAGUAUUAUGGCAGAGUGAAGAAAAUUUUGGAUACCUGGUUCAGAAUGUUAUAUUGCUAGUUCUGCAAUGUUAUAUUGCUACAUACCCACUGACAAGGAAAAAAAUACUAUAGUACAGACAUACCACUUCCAUUUGAUUCAUUAAUGUUUUUUUUAAUCCUGAUCUCUUCCAGCUUUUGUAGGUCUGUACGAUACCAGCAGGCUUGGCCCUUUUAAGUGUUGUAUUCAUAGGUCUCCAAACUUCAAUAUUGUGUUUUCCACAUGUAAUAUUUUUUCAGGGUUUGAUUCAAAGCAAGAUACAUCUCAAAGCUUUUUUUUUUUCUUUUUAAGGUAAAUCUCUGAAAUUUAAUAUGACAACUGCUUAUGCAGAUUAAUGUAAGUGGUUUUUGAGACUUUUUCAGUCUUUGCUUAACCAGCUACAGAGGGAUGGGAAAUAUUUUAAGAGAUGGCUAUAGUUUGUUCACUGCUGACAGACAAAUUGCUACACCUCUGAGGAGUGAUGAUGUCUUCUCUACUGAAGGACAACUAGAAGCAGACAGAAGUAGUUUUACUCUAAAGAGGCUUUUUUUUGUUGUUGGCAGGUGGGUUUUUUCAUAUUCCUGUAGGAAGUAGGCCCCCACGUCUAACCAGUAAUUCCUUUGCAAGUCUGAAAAUGAAAAGGAAACUUUUUCCCAUCUGGGAGAUUAUCACUGUUAAAUGAAAUUACAACAUAAAAGUGAUUCUGAGUUUAUACUUGCCUUACUAAAUUUGCCUCCUAGAUCCUGAUUCUGAGUUGACAGUAAGUAGAGGAAAAUUGUGGAGUUUCCUCUUUGGAGUUUGGAGUGCUCUGCUGACUUUAUAUGGAAUUUAAAGUGGAGUUCAAGCUUUCUGAUCAAUUUCCAUGUAUGUUCAUUUAAGCUAGCAGUAAGAUGAGCAGUGUUUCAUUAUUGGUCUGCACAUAACAUGGAAUGCUCUCUGGCUCUCAAAGACUGAAGUCUACUAUUUACUUUACUUUGGAUUUCAGUCGUCAGUGCAAUCUGUUUCCUAAUUAUCUUUGCAAAUAUUGAUUUCAUAUCAAACAGGUGAAUCUGAACUUUUUCACCUACUUUUCAGUCCUACUGUAUCUCUUCCUUGCUGUCAGAUGGAAUACGUGAAUUUAUUUUAAAUAUUACAUUUAUAUGAGAUUGAAUAAUCCACAGGUAUCACUUUGCUUGUUUUUCUAUCUUUACCUUUGUGUAACAAUUUAAUCUUUGUAAAACAUGGAUAUAGCAUGGCUGCUAUUGAAAGCCAGCAUUUUUCUGCCAUUAUCAGCUUUUGCAUGCAGCCCUGUUCAUUUCUGGUUUUCUGUGGCUUCUGCUUCAUCUCAAUUGAAUUAAUCUCUAUUCUGACCAUUCCAGAAUGGCUCAAACUCUGAAGUGAAAUCUGAGAACUAGGUAUCUUUAGCACUGUUAAGGUUGUGGGAUGAGAAUUCGGCCUUGCUGGAUUAAGAGGCCACUAUUAAUUUUUUGUGUAUGCUUGGGGUAAGUUUUCAUUGGAGCCACUGUUGUGGCUAAUGUACACAUACCUGAACAAGCUGAGACAUCAGUAGCAAUUUGGGCAGAAGGACCACAUAAAUAUGUUUUAUUAGUUUAUUGUGGUCUAGACUUUCUCUAGCAUGUUCCUGCAUUGCUUUGUAGCCACAGUUAUAGUCUAAAGAUCAUUUAAAAAAAUUAUUCCUUUCUUAAUGUGAAAGCAUUUUAUGUUAGUUGUUAACCUUAACUCUUCACCUAGAUUACAGAAAAUGCCACUGUGCAGGCUGAGUUCCUUUAAAUAGAAUUAAUUUUAGACAGAAAAGUCUUGAUCUAUCUUUAUCUAAUGUAAAAUUCACUUCUAGCAAAAUUAGGAGCUUGCACAAAGCGGCUUUUAGUGGGCAUGCAUAAUCUCACCUUUGAGCCGUACUGCACAAGAAAGGGGAUGUAGGGAAAGAAAGCCGACUGUUUUUCAUUGCCUUGGAGUGGUUUUUAAGCCCUGUGACCGGUUGUCUACAAAGAGCUUCACAGGAAGCAACUUGAGAUGCUGUUGGAAGGAAAAUAUAAAGAUGUAUAUUAUACAAUUUAUAUUCUCCAUGCUGCAUUAGGAGACUUAAUAAUGUAAAAGUUCAGGAGUUGCUGAAUAUGUCAUCUGACAAUCUUAUCUCUGCAAGUAUGGUGUUAGUAAUCUACAGUUCCUCGAAGAGUAUCAUAUCUGUCUCUUAUCAGAAAAACUCAAGGCCUGUUUCCUUAUCCCCCUUUCACUGUAAAAAGGAAACUCAACCAACAAAGCAUUAGCACAUCAGCCACAAAUACAAUUUAUUUUCUAAACAAAAGUCAAUUUGAGCCAGUGUAGCAUCCUUCUUUUUAACCAAACCCAAAUACCAUCUUGCAGCUGAGAACAACAACUAAAUGACUGACCAUUCAGAAGGGUCUCUAAUUCAGUGCAACACUGCAGAGAGAGGGGAAGGAAAUGAGAAUCACUCUGAAAUAAAUCCACUAAUGGUCCAGAGCAAAAUGCUGGAAUUUUGUGCGAUGAAUUCUUAGUGUGCUUGUAGAGGCUAUGCCUUACCUUCAGCCAUACUCUAUGGCAUGAAACAGUUCUGUUAUUCCCUUCUUUUUGAGGAGAUGCACCAAAGAUACCGGGGCAUACUGAGUGUUACUUUGUUAUUUUGUGCUCUGUCUCAUUUUAUUAAAUUUUACCAAGAUAUUAUUCAUUUCACAGAGCUAUGUGUUGCUGUCACUGUGAGGUCAGCAAGGCCUCUUGUAGGUCCUCUUUCUGUUUCUGUCAUCCCAUGGACAGCACUGGAUGAGAAUUGUGCUUUUUCCUUGCGAAGGGCACAUGGGCUGUCUGUUUGGCAAUCUGGUAAAGAAAAGAUUGGGAAGGAAGCAUUAGUGGCUAGCUCUAACGUCCACCUUGCUAGUGAGUAAUGUUUGCUGUGCAAAACUUGUGUGCAAGAAUUGGCUUUUGCAGAAAUUCUUUGGUACAGGAAGAAACCAAACAUUUAUCUAUUUCUAUGUGGAGUAAGAAAUUCACAAGAAAUGUGGUCAUAUGUAUACUAAUACUGGAGACUGUUUCAUGUGAAGUCGUGAAUUAUAUUGUAAAGACUGACCUUGUUUGUGCUCUUUGCAGCUAAUUCAUGAUAAAGUUCUGAAUUCUGUUCCUUAAAUUAAGCUGGGUUUAAAAUAUAACAUUACACCUCAGUGUUCUUUGCUUUACAACACUGCUGGAAUUUUCCUUAAAGUCACUUGAAGAAAAAAUGUUAUAAUCUUCCAGAAUUGAUUUACUGUCUUGAAAUGUUCUUGCUAAAGUACAGGCAUGUGGCAUUUAAAGACUUUUCUCCAGAAUUUAAAACUCAAAGCUCAUCGCUAUUCAGAGUUUAAGUCAACGUCCUACAAGUUUAGGUCAGUCAUACAAGCUCUUUGCCCCCAUAGCAACAGAAUACAGGGGGAAAUAAUGUUUUCUUCUGGGGAUUUGAAGUAUUCUUGUUGGCAAAAUUUUAAAAUUGAUGGUUAAAGUAACUUACAGCAAAAUCAACAAUCCUUAGGAUUGAAGUUACUGAGAAUUUUAAGAUGCCAGUAGCUAGAAUUGCCACAAGAAGCCAUGGCCGGUUACCGUAACUGAACUAGGAGUUCAAAAACUGCCUGGCAACUGAGUGUCAUCCUACUGGUAGGAAAUUGACUUAUUUUUCCUCGUGAAGUAAACAAAAUGUAAAGCUGUAUGCUUGAAGACAUGGGUAAGCUAUCAGCCAGCCAGGUCAAACUUUGUAAGUGUGAAGCCACUCCAUGGCACUUAGCACUUCAGUCACAGGGUAUCUGUGCUCAUGUAAUCUGUUGCUCUUUUCUGCACAGGUGUUACAGGUAAAUGCACCAUAGCCUAAUCAAUAGUUUUGCUGAUGUGUAUGUCCUACUCUUCCAAGAAAAAAAAUCUUGCUAAGUAUUCAUACAUUGUCUUCACUAAGCAGCUGAAGUUAAAUGGGGAGUUGCUUUUAGAAGAGCAUUGCACAGGCAGCUGUCAGCUAGGAAAUUUAGUCUUUUGGUCCUAUGGCUGAAUCAGAUUUGGGAAGAGACAGCCAAUCAUGGCAUCAGUGGGAUCUGGGCGUUUUGUCUCAAAAGUGUUAAGUCUCCUCACUAAGUUCCCUGCUCAUUUUCAGACAACCAAACCUUAGACAUUUAAAUGUCUUUUGGAAGUUCAGAGCUGUUCUGUCUCUUCUUGAAAGAGCCUUUGGGUACGUCACUGUUUACCCAUCUCUGGCUUACCUUGGGAUAUCGUUCACCUGGCCACUGCACUUUGAGGGGUUUUCCUGUGCUCACCUGCUCUGCUCUGUUGUUUCCCAAUGUUUGCAGCGUGAAUCCCAAACGCAUACCAACCCUCACUGCCUCCUGCAAAGCAGAUGGUGAUCCAGGCAGGGUGUGCUGGGUGGGGGCGUGCAGGAGGUAGGCAGGGGGAAAUUUUCGGGGGGUUCUGCUGUUCAGGGUUAUUUGAGCAGCAAGAGGUAUGGGAGAUGUAGGUCUGGACUGGGUCUUAAACAGAAGGUUCUUUCAUAUGGAAAAAUAUUUUUAUAAUUACAUUUGUACAGAAUUUCCCCUAUUUUGAUCUCUCCAGAUUUUUAAGGAUCUGCACGUUGCUUAAACUUGAUUUGUUUUGCAAGAUGUUUUAAAAUGUAUUUUAGGUUUGCUAAUGUAUUUAAAAAUGUAAAGCUAAGUUUUGCAUGUCUAAUAAGCGUGCACUGUGGUGGUAUCUGUUUAUUGUUUUGCUAACUAGAAUUUGUUAAUUCUUAAUAUGAAAAACUUGAGUCAUUGUUGUGACUGCCUCAGCCUCAAUGAAUGUGUGGAGUUUGUUUAUUUAAAAAGGUAACUAAAAAGGGCUUAUAUGCAAGCAAUUAAGAAUACUUGUUGAUGAGACAAAGUUCAAGCUAGUACAUAGUGUUCCCAGGAUUCUUCUAAGAGCAUAAGAUAUAUAAGACUUUUUUCAUCUUUUUUUUCUGUUACUUUGGUUAUGGGUACCCACGCUAAUGUAAAGCAAGCUUAAGACACGAUAAUGGCCAUCUGAUACUUAAGUCUCUAUGAGAUGAGAGUCUGAGUUUUUGUGUAUUUAAGACUAACCGUGGCAAGAAUAGUUAAAAUAAACAUGAAGCUAAUUUUGAAAAGGAUUGAGAAUAGCUUAAAGCUUGCCAAUUCCUUAGAAUUUAUAGGAGCUUUGGUUUGCCCAGUGGCAGCACCAAGAAUAGAUGCAACAACUCCAGGGGACCUGCUGGAAGCAUUUUAAGCUUUAACUUCAGGCAACUCCAUUUGUGAAUGUGUGUUGAUAUUUUGUUGCAAACUUUUUACUUCAUUUUGAGCUGUUUUGCUGGGUUUGAUUAUUUUGAGUGCAAAGGGAAAUGUAUUUUUCUAGAAUAAAUGUAUCUGGGCUUUGAAUACUACAGAAAACAUUUAAUGAAUAUGAAGGUUUUUCCUCUUAGGAAAUAUAUUUCAAAAAUGUCUGAAAUGUACUUCAUUUAAAAAAAAAAAAAAAAAAGUCCUGAAUGUGCAUUUACAUUUAAAAGGAAAAAGCCCAAACACACGGUGAAUUGAAUUCUGAAAUGUCUUUUCUACAGGCAGUAAGUAUUAAUUAUUUAAUGUAAGUUAUGUUAGAAAUUUGGAGUAAAUGUGACAAUAUAUUAUGUUAAUUUAAAGAAAAAUGUAAAUAAAUGGGAAGGGAGUGAAAUUAGAAAGCAUCGUUGUAUGUCUGAAAUCCAAACUUAUAUAGCUGAGUUUGUAUUUGCAUUAAUCAUAUGUCAUGGCUAUGGAAAACCUGGGCAAGAAUGAACAAUAGACCUUUCUUUGUAAAUGGAACUCGGCAAUAAAAAUGGCAUUACUGAGAACUUC